AUUGUGCCAAAAAUUCAGUAUUCGCGCGACGCUCAGCAAGGGCGCUUGUGUUGUGUCGUGUUCCGUCCUUCGAUUCGCGAUGCAGCGGCCGUGCAGAUGAGCCGGUAUCUCCGUCCUGCUCGCACACAUCCCUCUCCCCUGCACGAUGCCGCGCCGGCACCCCCGCACUCUCUACUCUCUUCUACUUAUUGGCUUCUUCUCCUCAGUGUUCACUGAACCAAGUAGUUCUGAACCUUCCCCUGCGCCGCUAGACGCUGAUAUCUUCCGAGAUGGUCCUCUCUAUCCACCGCUAAAGAAUCCCGUAGAUAAUCAAGACACAACCGAACUCAGCCAAAACAAUAUAGAAGAUGUAUUUAACCAAGAUGUAGAAAUAAGAAACGUGAACCUCAACGAAAGACUAGAAACAGAACCUCAGAAUGUAUUUGAAAUGUUUGACGAGAAAGACAUGAGUUAUGCUAAGAAUCCAUUUGAUAUUAAUGAUAGAGAAAACGGUUUUAUUGUAGCUCCAGGGGAGAAUUCAAAUGAAAGUAGUUUAGAUGAAGAAGCUAGGGUAGAAGAUGAUAAUGAUGAAGAAAGAGUUAAGCGGAGUAGUGGAUGGGAGAAAUCGAAGACUCGGCGAGUGAAAACCGGUGAUACAAUCCUAAAUAUUCGUGGAGCUGUCCGCGAUGCGAUUGGGGAUGCAGGUGCCGCUCCAGGACCUAGGGCUUCGUCCCGUGUUGAUGCCUUUGUGAUCAGGCCGUCGCCGGUAAUGAGAGAUGAGCCCAGAGAUCAAGUGAGAGAGGCUGAGGCUCGCAGAGAGAGGAUACAAGCGCCGCAGCCUCAGAAGCUUGAGCGUGAACUGCUUGUGGAGGCUCACACACGCGCGCGGUUACUUUGCGAUUUAGCGAACGUCACCAAUCUCAAAUGGUUUAAGGACAAUGAGCAAGUAACGUUGGGCUCGUCCCCUGAUGGAGCUGAAGCCUAUCGAGAUGGGGACGCGGUGGAGAUUGCCCGCGCGGGUCGUAACCACGCAGCCAGGUGGCGCUGUUCGGGGCGAGACAAGUCUGGGCGACCGCUGACUGGACAACCCACUAGACUGCUUAUAUAUGAACCAGUUCGUUCCGUAUAUCUGGCUGUGGAUGGAAGACGUCUGGACGCUGGAAACACGUGGGUGCCAGUUAGGGAUAAAACUGUGCUGGAAGUUAGAUGUGUCGCUGAAGGUGGAGUACCCCCACCGGAAUUAACAUGGCGUCUGUUGGCCCUAGAACCGGCGCUAGACCAUAGGCCGUAUUUACGGAUACAACCCACUAACUACUCUAUGGAUGGUAUGUACUGGUCUCGUGUGGUGGUGACUGCAGCUAGGGAGCUUCAUAAUGCAACCUUACAGUGUGAGGCAAAACAACGAAAACCGGGGAAAGACAAUACCACCAAACAUUACGAUGUUAUGACUGCUAAGUUGGAAGUUCAUGUCACUUAUCCACCAUCUUUCGUAAUAUCUCGCUGGCCUGGGUUCGGUGUAUCCCUAUGGGCGGGCAGUCCAGCCGCCCUUCGCUGUGACGUCGAUUCCAAUCCUCCCGCUCGCCCACUUUGGACAAGGGACAGUGAUAUUCCGCUGCCUCAGACUUCUCCUGCGCCAACGGACAGCGCGGCUGGUUCGGCAACCCUACGUUGGGCGCGAUUACAGCCAUCCCAUGGUGGAUGGUACCAAUGCCGAGCGACGUGGCUUAACACAGAGUACUCGUCCAUCGGAUACUACCUGAAUGUGCUUUCCCCCGAUGAAUCAAUUCAAACGUCAACGGAGUCAGAUGAGGAGCCUGUACAUCAGAAAGUCGAGGUGCCGCUCGGGGGAAACGUUCAGCUUCAUUGUCCCAAAGGUAGUGUCGGUUGUUGGUGGCGUCGUGUAGUGGGUAACGCUAGUGAUAACUGGGCCCCGGCUGGGUCACACCACGCGCAUGGAGUGCUCGGUAUAUCAGAAGCAAUGUGGGAGGAAGGUGGCGAGUACAGAUGCGUAGGCGCACGAGCCAGUGAGCGCGCAAGGCUACGAGAACUCAAACGAGUCACACUCUCUGUUACCGGUGGAGCAACAGCAAAGAACCUUAACACUGAAGUACUAGAGAGCGGCUGGCGUUUAACUUGCGGGGUUUGUGGGCGUAAUCUUCGCGUCAGCUGGGUGACAUCUGGCCGGUCCCAACCAGCCGUUCUAACUCCAGAUUUGGCCCAGCAUUGCUGGCUUGCUGUUCUUAUAACACCCGACCCAGAAGAGGUCUGGUGUGUUGCUGUCUCGUCAAAUGGUGGUGCUGUCGCUGUAUUUCCUAAGCGUAGCAUUGCUGCGUCACUAUCGCCAGCACGUCAUGCAGUCAGGGCCUUACAUUCAGGGAACCAUGCGAUAAAUUUGACCCCAUUUGUGUUCCUCUUAACAGUUUCCCUAUACCUUUUACAACUAAGUUACUAAGCACUCUGUUCUAAGACCCGAGCGCUCGAUAAUGAAACGUUAUCGCGUUUCAAUCGUCCUGGGAAAUUAAAACCUCUGUAUAAAUGACAAGGUCGCAUUUUAAAUGUGGUUAACAAGGGACAAAGUUAAAAAUUCUAAGGAUUUACUUGAAGCGCGAUAAUGGUUUCACUAGUACGGCGUACGGCUAUGUAACAUUUUAAUAGGAACGGCAAGUUCCGUACCAAAUUCGUCAAUUCACUGAUAAUAAUAAUAGGAAGUUCCAAAAUAUUUCUUCAAUUACAAAAUGGCUAAUUGAUUUUGGAACCACCUUUUAUUAUACUCAGACAUUUUUGUAUCGAAAUUAUCAUAUUUUACUGAUAAUCCGUAGAUUAUUGUGCAUAUUGGAAAUUUAAUGAAAACUCCCUAUGAUAAACUUCAUUUUCCUUAACUUUGUUAAAUUUCCACUUGCAAAUGAAUGUGCUAGUCAUAUGUCGUGAUACGAAUAAUGUUAAUCUUAGUAUUGAUGUCUGUAGGCUUAGUAGUCCAUGUAUCUAUCUAUUAGCCGCUCUAGUUUCUAUCUCUUCUAGGAAAUCGUGUUGUCGCUUAUCCGGAAACACAACCUUUAAUAUCAAUAAAAAAUUGUAAGAUUUUUUCAUUACCACUGAAAUCUAAUAAAAAUAAAAACAUGAUUAAAAAAAUGAUUUUUAAACAAUUUUAAUUAAUUUUGUUAAGUCUCGUCCCGUAUUAAAAUAUCUCUCUUACGCCGUGACUCGCUAUCUCAUUAUAUAAUUGCCAAAAAACAAUGUUUUAUUAACACAAUAAAUUCUUUUUUAUGAAUUUUUUUAAACAAACAAAAAUUCCGUCUCUCAAAAUACUAUAUCUCACAAACUAAUAGUACGACGGUUGUUGAAUUCAUACACGUGUAUUGAACGUGGGGUGAACUAAAAAAUAUAUUAAUACAAGUAGCGCUAUGUGUCUCCGUACGAACAUCAGCCCACUUAGUAUCAUCUUUCGUAUACAAAUUCGAUAGCUAAAAGCGGGUCACGCUUUCAGUAAAAGAUUUUAGUCUAGCGCCCAAGCACUCGCUUUGUCAUUGACUACGCUAAUAUAAUUCGUACAUUUUGUCAUAUGCGGCAACAUGAGUUCCAACCCAAAACUUUUCCCAUUUCCUUUUUCAUAUAAAUGUGCCAAAUUGUUAUAUUUUUGUUAGAGACGUUAUAUUGUGAUUUUUUCGUUAGAAAUUGAAUGGAAUUCAAGUAAAAUGAACACCAAGUAUGUAAGGUAUAAUCGUAGUGUAAUAUUUGAUAUUUUAUAUAGAUGUCAAUGUAUUAUAGCUUAAUGUGGCAGGUAUAAUUUAAAGCAUUCCAUAUUUAAAUACAAUACUAAUAAAGGUUUUAUUCCUUCUCGCUUUGUUAUUUUUGGUAAAUGUCAUAAGAGUUAUAAUCCAUGUCUAAAUUCCAUAAUAACUCAUGACUUUUGAAGUUCAUACGUUGAUUGACGCGUCAUUAAUCUAAAGUGAUCGCCCUAUUGAGCACUCUCAAAAACGCAAUAUUCCACAAAUUGGAAAAUUAUUAUUGAGGGCUAUGUGUAUAUUUCUAAAAAAAAUAGUUAUCCUGCCACCUGUAUAUUUCGAUGUCAAUUUUAGAAGUGUGUCAAGGCGCCAUUUUGUAUGAAAGCGAUUUGCUAACACAAUUUUUGCAACAAUCGUAUUGUUAAGAGAAUAUAUCAAUUGUUCAAUGUUAAAAUGUUAAGUAGAACCCUUUCCGAUUUCAUACUUCAUUAACGUGAAAAGAUUGCAGUAAAAGUAAAUACAUAAUAUCAUUUUUACAUCCAUAAAAUAAUUUUAUGAGGGUAUUCCUAAUACGUACGGUAUUAAGGGUACCCUCAUAAAUACAUUAUAAAAAAUAUACUUUGUAUAACAUUAUUGUACAACGAAACAGAGUAAAUACCAAUGAAUUCAAUUAUAAGCGAGAGAACAAAUGUUAAAAAAUUUAGUACCUAAUAUAACGUUCCACAGACAACGGAAAUGAUAGAAUGCAGAUGAAAAUUUCACGUAAAAUUAACGAUAACAUCAAUGUUCCUUGAAUUUACUAAUACUUUCGUUUGGAAUACAGUUAUUUAUGAAAUUAAUUUCUUAUUUUAUAUCAAAUGUACACUCUUUUUGGCGUCGGUUUCUGGUCCACAUCGUUGUUUCAUCCCAGAACCGCUGCUCGCAACUACACUUUGCAAAGCACACAGACAGCAGUGUUGCAUAGUGGAUCCAGUUGUUGCACUCGUAAUUAAAUUCAGUAAUUCAUUCUCUCCACACCCCCCUGGGUUGGAGAUAGUAGCUCCAAUUUAUAUGUAGUUUGUACUACGUCACAGUUUCUACUAUCAUCACUUUCGUCUUAUCGCUGUUCAGGGUGUCCAAAUUGGAUACUAGUUGCUUCUAAGCGAGACAGUAAUUCUUCUAAAUCCUGCUUUGUGUGGGCAUGAAGUGUUGCAUCAUCAGCAUAUCUAAGAUUGUUGUACACGCGGCCCCUAUCUGAGGUUCCCUUAUUCCAGUCCUCCAAAACACAACGAUUUAUGUACUCUGUAUAGAUGUUAAAGAGUAAGGCAACAAUAUACAUCCCUGCCGAACACCUGACUGGGUAUUAAAUUUACUAGAGGAGAAUCCUUAAAUGAGGGAGACAAGAGGUCCGAAUUUCAUUUUUUUUGUUCUGUGUGUCAAUUUUUUUUAAGUUCAUAAAUUUAUGGUUUUUGUGACCAUAGUUUAUAACAUGGAAAUAAUCGUUAAUAUUAUAUUCUUUUAAAACAUCGCUGGACGCAUUGAGUCCAGCAUCAUUCUACCAGUCUACGUUUGUGAUCUCCAGGUAUAUUUUAACUAAAUUUUAAUCAUAUGAGUAUCAUGGUUGAAGUUGCCUCUCUAAUAAAGUAACCUAAAUUACUUUUACUGCAAUCUAUAUUUUAACGUCUUUGCAUUAAAAUCGUUAAUACUUGCACAGCGUAGCUACAAGAACAAGUUAAUUGGUGUUGUAGAUAUAGUGCGGUAAACGAUAGGAAAUGCAUUAUUCUGUCAGUCUUAGGUCCUAUGCAAUGCUUUUCGCUGGAUUGCUAUGCUGAAAAUGUAAGAAAAGUGCCAGAUUGAAUGUAUAGUUAGAUCGCCUUUUAAUUAACAAACAAUUGUGCUCUACGCCAUGAGGCGAAUUCCACUGCAAAUAUAAUUCUUAAAUUACGUAAACUAAAAAUACUUCAUGCCAAAUAUCUAAAAGAAAGCUUUUAUAAAUAUGCAAAUAAUGUUUUAAUGGUAUAGUUUAUCGUCAAAAUAGAUUAAAUUUGUCAGCAAAACUUUAAUAUAUAAUUCUUUGAUAUGCGUUUGACAAAUUAAUUAUUAAUAGUCAGUAUUUUUCUUGCAAAAAUCAACGCAAUAUUCCAAUUCAUUUCUCAGCUUCAAAGCGUUGCAUAGGACUAAAGAAAGUCCACUUAUUGUUGUAAAGAAUUGUGAUAUCAUUGGAGGCGCGGGGAAGCUUAUAAAAAUUGUUGGAUGAAUUUAAAACGAUAAAUAAGUUAGAGGUAGAAAAUGUAUUUUUAUACUCACAAGUCAAUUGAUAUAUAAAUUACACCACAAAAAUAAAAAAACUUUAAAGUUCAAUUGAAUUGACUGUAAUUGUUUAAAGGAUUUUUGACUGAUAAAAAGGUCUGAUCGUACAUAAAUCAAAGUCUUCUUC